AUGUCAUCAACAACAGGAUCUGAACAAAAUGAUAAGAAGAACAAAACAACCAACACAAUUGAACUUCUUCAAAAAGAAAAACCUCCAGUAAUCUUACAAUUAGAAAAAGACGCCAAAUCACAUAACAAUAAUGCCAUCAAGAUCAAUCUUGGUGUUGGAAUUGGUAGUAGUCAAAGAAAAGAGACUCAAACAAAGAUUACCACUACUGCUACUACAAACAACUUGGUGACUUCCAAUGGAACACGUCCUGUUGGGCUUAUUUCCAAGGAAAAAAUUCAACAAGAAAUUCCAAAGAGGAUCUCAGAGGAAGAAGAGGAAAGCAUUGAUGAGGAAGAAUAUCUAGAUUCAGAAAAUUCAGAUCUUUGCAACGUUUUUGUUAAAUAUCUUCCACCUCAUUUCUCUGAUGAAGAUUUAAGAGAGUUAUUCACACCUUUUGGAGAGAUUGUCAGUUGCCACGUUAUGACUGAUAAAACAAGAGAAAAUUCAUCAUUAGGAUUUGGAUUUGUUAGAUUUUCAAAUGAAAAUGAAGCUCAAGAUGCUAUUCAAGGACUUAAUGAAAAAUCUAUUGGAAAUAAGAGAUUGCUCUGUAAGCUUUCCAAUAGUGCAGGGAAUAAGGAAAAAGAUCAACAAUCUAAUCUUUUCAUCAGAAAUAUUCCACCUCACUAUGAUGAAGAGACACUUAAACAAGCUUUUGAAGUAUUUGGUCCAAUUUCAAAAGUGAAGAUUAUGAUCGAUAUCAACACACAAAGGAGCAAGUGUUACGGUUUUUGUAAAUUUGAAAAUCGUAAAGAUGCUCUCUCUGCUAUUCAAAAAAUGAAUGGUUCCAAAUUAGAUGAUGAUUCAUCAAAGGAUAUUCUUCCUCUGGUUGUUAGAUUCGCUGAAACAGAACAUGAAAAACAAAAGAGAAAGUUAAAAACAAGACAAAUCAUCAGACCUCCAACACAUGUUCCAAAUCCAUAUGUCCAUUCUCAUCAUACUGGUUUCUCAAAUCCAAAUGGUAUGAAUCCAUCCCUUUAUUCAUAUCCAAUGUUCAAUCAAAUGGCAAUGAGACGUGAUGAUCAACAAGAUGAAACAUCCCAAGAUAUGACAUAUCAUUCCGAUGUUCCAUAUCACAUGACCUACUUUGUACCUCAUCACAUGGGUGUUCCAGUAUCAUCACAUCCUACCGAUAGAUUCUCCAAAGAUAAAUUAGAAAACGAAAAAUCAAAUGAAUCCGAUGAUCAAAAUAAUCAAGGACCUUUCUUGCAUAAUUUCAAUCCAUACUAUAAUCCAUAUUUCAAUCCUUAUACACCCUAUAACCCAUACUACCAUGUACCAAUGUAUGAUGAAUCUUCUAUGAAUGAAAAUCAAGAACAAACCCACACCAAACGUUCAAAGAAUGAAAGUAGCUCUCCAGAAGAUAAGAAUUCAAAGUCAGGCGAAACCGCUAAUUUGUUUAUUUUCCAUCUUCCUGGUGAUGUUGAUGAUUCAAAAUUAAUGGAACUUUUCUCUAAAUUUGGUGAAAUUGAAUCAGUCAAAGUCAUUAGAGAUCCUAAGACAAACCUAAGCAAAGGAUAUGGCUUUGUUAAAUAUUGUAAUAUUGACUCUGCCAUGGAAGCUGUCUCAAAGAUGAACAGCUAUAAAAUAGGAAAGAAACAUUUGAAAGUUUCAUUCCACAAUUCAGAUGUUCCUUCCGGUAAGCUUGAUUCACCAGUGACUGAUUCACAAUUUAAGAUUAUUUCAAGAGAUAACAGUUCUUCCUCAAACAGUGCUUCCACAACCACUACUGCCACUUCACAGCCUUUAACUCCUCAACAACCAACUUAUAGAGACAUAAUUAGUUCUUCUACAAGCAAUUCUUCCCCUUCUGUUGCUCCUGCUGCUGGCAAGUUUACAUCCAUUAAGAUGCCAACAACCACAACUCAAAACAAGAAGCAACAACGAUAAAAUCUUUAGAUACGUUCCACAAAGUAAAAAAAAUACCUAAUUUGCUUUGC